GUGCGCCCCCUGCGACGUCUCGUCUGUCGGGUGUGUACUACGUGCUAGCAAACUAAAAAAUUGCUUCUGCCUACUACCCGCUACUAUAAAAUUUUUAUUUGUAACGGUAUCUUGCUUAAUAUCUACAAAAUGCAUGCGGUGUGUGUGUUGCAAGUGAUUUAUGUCAACAAUUAGUUCCAAUGUGAUCAAGGUGCUAUGGUUUUAGUUGUGCUAAUUUUGCUGGCCCUUAUCGGGCCCGCGGCCCUUGAACAAGACGAGGAUAUUCCACACAACGAAGUUAGAAACUGGGCACUCCAAUUUGGCGUUGGCUUAUGGGAGUACGGCAAAAUGAUGACAAAAAUGAACGAAUUACAGAGGAAAUACCGAGAUGUAGAAACUGCUGUUAAUAGGAAAGAUGGACUGAUACUUAUAAGAGAAAUGGCCACAGAGGUGAAAAAUAUGAUGGACUUUAAACGCAGUGCUGUUUUACGCAUAAUGGAUUCAGCAGAACAAGCUGCACUUGCUUGGCGAACUUAUGCUUCCGGUACGACACCUCGUUACUAUAAUGCAGAACGACUUAAUGCUUUUGCCCCAGAUGGGCAUCCAGCUGAUGGUACUCGGGAAUUAGUACUUACGCCUAAUCCUCAUUUCGAUCAUCUUCCUGUAAAUGUUAGUCUUAGUACCGUCUUGACUCCCGCAGGAGUGCAAGAUUCAGAUUCUGAAGUAAGUGGUGCUAUCCAGUGGUCAUCUCAUUUGGAUCCAUUAUUUGUAAGCAACUAUGAAGGAGAUCCAUCGCUGUCGUGGCAAUUUUUUGGAAGUUCUGCAGGAUUUUUGCGAAGAUAUCCAGGAAUUUCUUGGCCACCUGAAGAUUUAUCGACGUUGCAAGAAUCCCAAUCCGUUGUGCGACGCCCGUAUGAUUUCCGAUCAUCGGCUUGGUAUGUUGGAGCAGCCACGUCUCCGAAAGAUAUUGCUAUCCUUCUAGAUGCCUCUGGAUCGAUGGCUGGGCAUAGAGCUAACUUGGCGCGAGCCACCGUAGAAGCCCUUUUGGACACCUUGACUGAUAAUGAUUUUGUAAAUAUUUUUCGAUUUUCGGAUGUUACCAAGGAAACUCUUCCAUGUUUUAAGGAUCAGUUAGUGCAGGCUACCGAAGAAAACAUUAGAUGGUUAAAAGAUUCGAUGGGGACCCUAAAACAAGAAAAUAUUGCAAACUUUUCUUCAGCACUCAUUACUGGAUUUGAAAUUUUGCUUAAGUAUAAUCGCACAGGGCAAGGUUGUCAAUGUAACCAAGCUAUCAUGCUGAUUACCGAUGGGCCACCUUCAAGUUAUAAGGAAGUUUUCAAAAUUUAUAACUUUCCUCAUAGACCAGUCCGAUUGUUCACAUACCUGAUUGGCUCGGAUUCUGGAAGUGCCACGGAGAUGUAUUGGAUGGCUUGUGAAAAUAAAGGGUUUUAUACAAGAAUCCAGACUUACGAUGAAAUAAGACAAAAAGUUCUACAUUAUAUCGAAGUAAUGGCAAGACCAAUGGUUAUGUAUCAAAACGACCAUCCUAUAAACUGGACGCCGGCUUAUGUUGGUGGCAGGGCUGAUAGUUUUUCCGAUGAUAAGAUCGGCCAACUAAUGACUACUGUCACCACUCCAGUCUUUGAUCGCAGAAAUCAUUCGGUAAGAGUGGCCAAUAUUCUUGGCGUUGUUGGAACCGAUGUUUCUGUUGAUGAAAUUAAGAAACUUGUGCCACCCUAUAAGCUUGGCGUCAAUGGCUAUUCAUUUAUAGUUAACAAUAAUGGGCACAUUUUGUACCAUCCCAACCUAAAGCCACCGAGAGCUAGUGAAAAAUAUGACGAAACUCUAGCACCACAAUAUUUGUCCGUUGAUCUCUCUGAAGUUGAACUAGUUGAAAAUGAAAAUGGACCCAGAGAAAAUCAUAGUGUUCUCCUUGAUCUAAGACAAGACAUGAUCAAUCAAAAGGAAGGAGAAACAGAGCUUACAUUAAAAAUUCACUAUGACGAGAUGAGAAGGGUUACUACGAGACGAUAUAAGUACUUCUAUAAUCGGAUAGAAGGGACCCCUUUCUCAUUGGGGCUAGCAAUUCCUGAAGGUUAUGGAAUGUAUGAGUUGGUAGCUGAACAAGAGAUAAAACAUGCACAGAAAAAUGUUACGGAUUAUUUCAAAGGAAACAAAUGGAGAGUUCAUCCAGAUUGGAUAUAUUGUGAAUAUACCAGUGGUACGACCGGUGAGCAGUGGUUUAAAUCAGCAGAAGAAAGGGUGCUGCAUUUUUUGUCUCGGAGCAGAAGACCUGGAUGGAAGUGGAUGUCUCUAAGACCAAGAUCAUCUCCAAUGCAGCGAGAGCAUCAUCAUUUUUCUAUGAAGCAAGAUAAGGACGCAUAUUAUUGUGAUAAAACUUUAAUACAGUCACUAGUGCUAGACGCAAUGGUAACGGAAAGUUUGGAAAAACAUCGGCCUCGAAUGGAAGACAAGCACCAAGGAUAUGAUAUAUUUGGCAGCACCACUUCUUUUGUGGCCACGAGAAGUGGAUUACUGCGUUGGACUAACUUUACAAAUAUGGAUGAAGAGGAUCCACCAUUUAAUCAGAAAAACUCCCGUGCAUUAGACGAAUCCUGGUAUCAACGAGCAGUAGAUCAGCAUGCAGUAGAACCUGAGAGUUUUGUGUUUUCGGUACCAUUUGCUGAUGGCCCUUUAGGUUCUGAUACAACUCAAAGUCGCACUUUGCUGACGGCGACACACGCAGUGUUCGUCGAAUCUAAAGGUCAUAGAGCUCCAGCAGCUGUAGUUGGUCUACAAUAUAUGCAUGCCUCUAUAGCUUCUCACUUUUAUAAUAUUACUUCCAAGUGUACUUCAGCAUGUAAGAAGACUUGUGCUAGUGAUAAAUUGGAUUGCUACGUAUUAGACAAUAAUGGAUUCAUAAUUAUAUCGGAGAACAACGAACAUACUGGAAGAUUUUUCGGUCAAAUCGACGGAACGAUCAUGGACUCCUUGGUACAAGACAGAAUUUAUAAAAAAGUCGCAGUCUACGAUUAUCAAGGAGCUUGCUCAAAUAGUAAAUAUCCUUUCACUGGAAAAGGGUCGAAGCUGCAGUUUCAACCAUUAGGUCCAAUGCAUUUUGUUUAUACAUUUUUGUUCCACACAUUCUUUGUAUUAGCAUCAAAACUGCAAACUGUUUAUGCUACCGCUUUGGCUUAUUCUCAAGAAGAAGACAUGAACUAUGAUUACGAAUACACCAACGGUGACGAAUUACUAGACGAAAAAAGUCCUGCACCUGCACCUCCAGUUGAUUUUGUGCCACCUUUUGAGUCCGAUCCCCUAGAAGGAGUUGAUUUGGGCCAAUGGGGUACCAGACCUUGUGAUAGGAAAGUUGAACUUUACGCACUACAACCCGAAAGGCUUAAUACAAGUGGUCAAAAUAAUCCACUAAAAGGAAAGCUGACCAAUUGCCACGUGACUGGAUGUGAAAGGCCUUUCAGUGUUCAAAAAAUUCCUCAUAGUAACCUCAUAUUAUUAGCUGUGGAUACUCUUUGUCCUUGUGGCAGUAAACAACUGAGUAUUUCGCCCCAAGAGUUAGCAUAUGAAUCGCGAGGCGACCAAAGUGGUUGUGCACAUAGACCACGGCCGGAGCUAUACAGAAAGAGGCCACCAAAAUGUAUUAGUUACCAUCCAGAAGAAAUAGAGAUUCAUAUCUGUGGUGAGGGAGUUGCACUGACGUCUACACGCCUAAUAACACUAUUUUUAUGCAUUUUGCAUGGGCUUUUUGCGAUGCAAUCGUGAUCGAAUAUAUCAUUAGGACUUUAAAAUUAAGUAAAAGUUGUUUUUGUAACAGUAGGAUUCACGGCUAAUUUACCGAAAAAUGCUCGUAUAAUUUUCAAAAGAUGUUUAGGUAAUUCUUUGGAUAAGUAUGUUGUAUUUUUUCCAAUGAAGUCUUUCUUUUCGGUUUUAUACAGAUAUGAAACAUAUUAAUGUUAAAAAAACUACAUAGGAAAUGUAAAUAAUAAGAAUUAAUGUACCUACCUAGAAAAAAUCCAUACCUAUUAUUUAGUGAAUAAUAGGAAGAUCAGUAUUUUUUAUUGAAAUUCUGAGUUUUGAGAAGGGAUGAAUGAGAGCGACAAUAAUAAUAAUAACAUAAAAGAGUUUUUUGCAAUUUUUAUAUUUGUAUGUAGUAUUCUUUGUAUGUAACUUUUACGAUAUACGCAAUAGUAUAAAUACAACAUAUCAGUGAGCACGUAAAGGUUGGAAUGACAUCCAUAAAAAAUACAGGGUUGAUUGUUUUCAAAAAACCUCGGACACGUUGAUUUUUGAUUUAAGUGGCCUUUUUUUUAUGAUAAUAACAUGCAUACAGGGUGACCCAAAAACAAGUUAUGACAGCUAACUUAAUUAAUUUUUUAAAAUGAAAACCCCAAUUUUUUAUUUUAUUUUCAAAUUCUUCUUUAGAUUCUGAACUUAUUUUAUGCAUCAUAUCCUAUACCUAUCUUCACCUGUUUUGGAAAUAUUGACAGUUGAAAAUUGACGUUUUUGCAACUUUAAAGGUUGUAAAACCUAAACAAAUAAUUCUAGAGCCAAACCGAUUGUACAUUUUUCCAUAAACUAUCAUUUGACACUAACUUGUCUGGUUAAAUUCAAAGUACGUGUCUAAUGGUACCUUAUGAAAAGCUAAAGAUAAGAAUGUAGAAUUGGUUUUGCUUUAAAAUUACCCGUUUAAGUUCUACAGCCUGUCAAAGUUGCAAAAAAGUCAAUUUUUAACUGACAAUACCUAUUUCCAAAACAGUUGAAGAUAGGUAUAGAGGGCAUGAUGCAUAAAAUAGGUUCAGAAUUUAACGUAGAACUAGAAAAUGAAAUAAAAAAUGUGUGGUUUCAUUCAAAAAAACUAGAAGUUAUAACUUGUUUUUGGGUCACCCUGUAUACAUGUUAUUAUUAUCAAAGAAACGGCAACUAAAAUCAAAAAUCGACGUGUCCGAGGUUUUUUGAAACAAAUCAACCCUGUAUUUUUUAUGGAUCAACUAACCUUUACGUGCUCACUAUAUAAAGCAUGCACUUUUUGAACGAUUUAUGAUUAGAAUAGGGUUAUUAAUUAUAAUUUCACUCCCUUUAUUAGCUUUUCCACCAUACAUGGUGUGAUUUUUUUUUUAUGGUUCUCUAGUUUAUGGGAUACCUAUUAAGGUGGAUUUUUUUGAAUAGAAUUUCCUAUACAGGUUGUCGGUUUUUCGAGGGCAACCAUUGGGAUGUAGGAAACGGUAAGAUAUACAGGUUUGGUUAAAUUGGGGCAAAUAUAUGGGAUCAUUUGUUAUAGGAUGGAUGGAAAUUAUUGUUUUUAAGGUUAUGAUUUGUGAAAAUAGAGAUGAAACCUUACAACUUUUGCAUAUAACUUUUUUCGCACCAUGUAGAUAUGCCGUAAAAGUUAAAGGGGGAGUCAAAAUAUAAGGAAUAACCCACUACCUACAUUUAAGAAGUAUUUUCUAUUUUCUUGGCAAUAGAUUUCCUAUUUUAGCGUAAAACGUAAGAACCACGCAUGUAUUUAUAUCUGUAAAUAGGAAUGCAUUUAUUGAUAUUGCGAGAAGGAUUAUUCAAAUUCGGCAACCGUGAUAUUAGGAACUAAUGUCUUAGGUAAUAUUUUCCGCCCUUUAAAAAAAUCUUGACUUAGGUCCUCAUUUUGUUGCUAGUGGUCUGUAGAUGCCACGUUAUAAAUAAUCCGAUGUAGGAUUACCGAACGGCCAUACUUACUAUUAAUUUAUAUUUGGGGGUGAAUGUGACUAUUCUUCCUAUCUGUACCAACAUUCCCCACCACUGAAACGACAGACUUCUUCAUGAGAUGUUUUUUUCUUGUUCUAACAUGGGAAUCAGUUUGAUGACAUCCGAAGUUUUCUAGGUUGAAAACUAAGCAAGUGAAAUUAUUUCGAAUUUCGUCAAAUAAGUAAUGAACGACAUGGUAGCUGAAUAACGAUUGGCGUUCAUCAUUCAGACAGACAAUUGAAGGUAUUGACAAGACAAAGACACAGACAAGACAAAGACAAGACAUGGCAAAAUUAAGAUAACGCUAUUAUAGGUAAGUACUCAAAAUAAAUGCAACUAACGAAAUCGAAACAAAUAACGGUAGAAAGAGAAUAGAACCCCAACAACAACCAUUAAUAAUAACAGAAAACGGGAAAGUGAAACUUGGAAUGAACGAAUGAUAAAAAUUAGAAUAUUUACAAGAAAAGGCUUAUUAAGGAAUCGCGAGUGAGGAGGGAGAAGUGUCACACCUAUUUUUUCAAAAGUUUGCUUCCUUAUGUACUUACGCCAAAUAUUACUAUCAAACGAUUUGCUUGACCAUCAGAUUGAUUGAGCUUAUAUCUAGGAAAUUUAAUAGGUAUGUGACUUAAUAAGUUUAUUUUGAUUUUUUAUUUAUCGUUCAUUAUUAUUUCUUCUUUGUUCUUAGAAAAAUGCGUUUGUUUAAUAAAUGUUAUUUUAGUCUUUCAUCGGAAACAAUUGGCUGUUUGUGCGAGUAACGCUACAUUUUUGUUAGGCGUUGUUCAGUUUCUCACAAGAUAUAAUUAAAUGUAGGUAUUUAUCAUUCGCAUGCUCUGAAAGAGCCAUUCUUCAUGUUAUUUCAAAGUAAGAAAGAGGUGAUGACAUUCUCUCUAAACUACUUGCUCUUGAUUUAGUGGAUGCCUUUGUCUUUGCAUGUGUGUAAGAACAUUUUCCAUUAACAGAAAUUCUUCUCCGGAGGAUAUACUGGAUACUGGACUGGACAUCUUGCCCUCACAAAAUAAUAUGCUUUCUCAAUGGCAGCUAACCAGCGUUCUUCAUUUACGUACCAGCACGAAAACCUGCAGCGGUAUUCAGCGCCGAAAUUAAGCGCUAGAUAACCUUCUUUGUGUUUACACUUAUAUAAAUGAAUAUGCUCCAUCUAUCUCUGUGGUGUUAGAGAGUUAUGACAUUCCGGACAGCCUUCAUAAAUAAUUGAACUUGAUGAUCUGUUCCUUUUUUCAUUUGAUACAGGACUAUUCGACAUGUUCUAAAAAUUUUGUCAGUACUUUAUAUUUGCAAAGUGUAGAGAGAUAGCGUGGUUUGCGGUUUACGUGUUUUUAUUUUCUUUCCCCUUUUGUAUAGUGCUAACUUAUUUCUAUGAAAUGCUUCUAUAUACCUACGCAAUAUGCUUUCGUUGGAAACAUAUCUUCCAUAUCAUUACUCUAAAAAAAAAAAAAUAGGUACCUACAUAAUUAAAUAUCAGAUAAAUUUCGUGGCUCGUUUAAGUGCUAAUUAAAUAUCUGAAUCUUCAACACUCCAUUAACACGAUAAAAAAUUUAGUCAAAAUAGUUUAAAUGUUACGAGACAAUACUGGUAAUGUGAAUACUUAUUACCCUCUGUAGUUGGAGCCAAAAUAUUUUUUGUAAAUAUUAAUAGCAAAACUUAAAGUUUUCGUUAAGUUUUUAAAACUUUUAUAAAAUAGGAAAAAUUCGAAAAAUAUUGCUGAAUUUUGCGUCCAUUGAUCUGUAAAUUAUUUUGUUUUUAAUUACUGUAACUUUCAAAUUGACUAUAGCAAGUGACACUCUUUUGUAGGUUACCCAAAUCCAGUAUUCAAGAGUUCUAGUAGAAAAUUGUUAUACCUAUGUAUAUGAGCCAUCUAGUAUGAAAAAAUUGCUUUAAACUUGGAACAUAAAAAUUAACAACUUAGACGUGGCAGAAUAAGUUUUGCAAACCGGUCAUAUUCUUCCUGUUAUUGUCCUCUCCUCAGGCUUAUUAUAUUUUGUCUUCGAUGUUAUUCGUGAAGUCCAGCAACAGAAAAUACUCUAUAUCUUUCUUGAAACUUGAUUUCAAAUAUAAAAGGACUGUGGUGAUUCGCGAAGUCAAAAUUCCCGAAUUUUUUGCUCGAUUUCAAAGCCAGUAAUAAAGUCACUAUUUGUAUCACUUCUGGUUUCCGAAUAUAACACUAUAGAAUGUUCUGACACUUUUUGUGAAUCCUGUUUUUGAACCCAGUUUCUGGUGUGAAAUCCACUACUAAUGUUACUGUAGCUCAACAAAAAUUCACUUAUUAAGAUCGAAUCAAUCUAACAAUGAAUACAUCUCGCUAAUUAUUCCCAACAAAUUCCGCGGGUCCACUUAACUCUACUACUUUACUGACUACAGCAACUUUUUUUGAACUAAUUUACUUUACAAAAUUCACUAAUCAGUUGGCGCUUCAACUUAACCACACAGAACAAUUAUCUCAUUUAAAACUGCAACUUACAAACUACGCGCUUUACGCACACGAUGGGAGCGAAUUCCUGAAUGUUCUUCCAUCGGUCGUGCACAGUGGCGUCGGCUUUUCCGCACCCAUGUAAUUUCGUCAUAAUAUCAAAGUCAUCGUUUUUGUACAAGAUACAUAAAUAGCAAAUUUCUAUUUGAAACUGUUUAACCUGGUUUAGGUAGGUACUGUGUGUGAAAUAUUUCAAACACGAUGUUAUAUGGCAAGGUACAAAGAAGUGUAACUUGCUAUUCCAAUUUUUUACACUCGGAUGCAGAUAGGUAGAUAUUUAUUAAAAAAAGAAAAACUGAUUUACAGAUCAAUGAACGCACAAAUGUAACUGAUGCUUGAACUUCCACCAGGAAAAUGAAGCAAGUUCUAGAAAUAUUUAUUUUUUUUACCGGAAAUGAAUAAUUAUCAAAUUAAGGGUAAUCCCCUUACUGUUAUGAAUGAAAAAAAUUAGAUUAAUAUUAUAAAGACUCAUUUUAGAAAAUUGCUUACUUACUAAUUUUUUAUUUAUUGUUAUAAAUUUCUGUAUAAAAUAACUUUUUGUAAUUAAACUAUCGAAUAAUAUUAGAAUAAUAAAUUAUGUUAGGAUAAAUUUGAAAAUUAUUGCCUGCAUCAAUUAAUGUGUUUUGUUAAGGCUAAAAUAAUUGUAUUCCACCAAUAAUUCAAUACAUAGGUAUAUCAGUAUUUUAUGUAUUCUGCUUUAAAUGAGAACUCUCAAAGCAAAUCGUAUAAAAAAAAGUCCUUGAACAAAUAACUGACAAGUAUUUUCAAAACCUAUAGCCUUAUAUAACUGUAUUGUAUUCUUGGUGUUCCAAAUAUAUUCUUCUUAUACUAUGCUAUGUACUAAAAAUUGAGUCUUCCACUGAUACAAAUAAUAAAUAUAAGCUCGAUUGUAAGUCAACUUUAAUUAUUGUAAUAAUGUAAACCUUUAAACAUAUAAGCAACAAAUACUAUUUUCAAAUAGUCCAUGUUGGUUCCAAGUCAAAAAGCAAGCAUUUCAUUUAGCAAACAAAAUUUAAGAGGAGCAAAAAUAGAUUUAACAUUUUUUGUCUGGGGAGAAGAAGAAAAGAUACUUGACAGUAUAGUCUUUGUUGUCUUAUAUGCACUUUAUACUCCACUUGGGAAGAUGUCUUAUCCUGUAUUUAUAUCAAUUUAUUUGUGAGAAAUAACAAUUUGUCUGAAAUAUAUUGAAAUCCAUUCUAGACUGUAAAUUAAAUUGAAAUGAGUAGGAUUAAAUAUUAAAUAAC